UCUUUUCUCAGUUCGACUAUAAUAGACUCAGAGUGAUUGUUGUAUUGACGCCAUAAACUGCUGUUCGGAGCAACAAACAUUAAAUAUAUUGUUAUUUCACAUUACCACAAAAACAAGUCAUUGAAAUAAAAACUUUGAUAAAAAUCUAAAAAAAAUUUUUUUGUUCAUCAAUAAGUAAAGCUCUCUCAUCAUUUUUAGUGGUUCAAAGAAUACUGAAAACAAUUUUAAAAUUAUAUCAGUUAGUAGCAACUAUUCCAAUUUGUUCUUUUUUUUGUUGAGCGAUAAGUUAAUUAUUGAAUUAUAAAGUUACCAUGAGUGUUAAAGUGGACAAUGGUCAAAUGCCAGCUGAUGAAACAGUUAUUCAUUCAAAAAUAGAAAGCCAAGACAUCGGAGAUGCUUUUGGUUAUGGAAAGCCUAGCACUCCUUCAUAUCCUCAACCAUUGCAAACUGCACCUACUGAAAGAUAUGCUAGUCACUACAAUAUGAAUCAUUUAAAACGUGGUAAAGCCAUUAUUUUUAACCAUGAAAACUUCAAUAUUGGACAUUUGAAAGCUAGAUCUGGAACUAAUGUUGAUUGUGAGAAUUUGGUAUCUACUCUUCAAGAACUCGGAUUUGAAGUAACUGAUUAUCACAAUCUAACUCACCGUGACAUUGUUAGAAAUUUAGAGCAGGUUGCAUCUAUGGAUCAUAAUCAACAUGAUUGCUUGAUUAUUGCUGUUUUAACCCAUGGAGAACUUGGUUUAUUAUAUGCCUAUGACACUCCAUAUAAAGCCGAUACUCUUUGGUCCUACUUUACAUCUGAUAAAUGUCCAACACUCGCUGGCAAACCUAAAUUGAUCUUUAUCCAAGCUUGCCAAGGAGAUAGACUUGAUGGGGGAUCAUCGCUCAAAGAAAGAACAGAAACCGAUGGUCAGUCAGCUGUUUCUACAUAUAGAAUUCCAACUUAUGCCGAUUUUUUAAUUGCAUACUCAACCGUACCAGGUUUUUAUUCAUGGCGCAAUACAACUCGUGGAUCUUGGUUUAUGCAAGCUCUCUGUAUGGAACUUCGCGAGAAUGGAACUCGUUAUGACUUAUUGACACUUCUCACAUUUGUAUCACAACGUGUUGCUAUCGAUUUUGAAUCCAACACUCCAGAUAAUAUAACUAUGCAUCAACAAAAGCAAGUUCCGUGUAUCUCGUCGAUGUUAACUCGACUCGUAAAAUUCCCACCGAGAAAUAUAGUAUCCUCGGAGACAAAUGCAAUUGGUAAUUCUACGUAAAUUUAAAUGGUGCUUAAAAAAGUUGUGCCUAAAAGUUAAAUCAGGUGGAAAUCUAUAAAAUGCAUUUACUUUUCUUAAACUUUAAUUACAGACGAAGCAUUUAGCAACCAUUUCGAAAGUACUAACAAGUACUCAUGACAUUCGGUGCAUUUAAGACAAUCUUUUUUAGAUAUUUUUUUCUACAAUUUUUAUAUCUUCCUAUUGAAAAAUACGCAUUUAUUCAUUUCUGAAAGUAAAAUUUUUUUUCAAGAUUUUCAUAUGAUAUGUGAUACAGAGGUAAAGUAGUAAUUUUUUAUGAAAUAAUUUACAUAUAUAUCAAGCAAUCAUUCCAAAAAAGAAUCAAAUUAUUUCUCGAUGCAAUUUUUUAUGUAACAUUAGAGAAUUGUAAUCACAGUUGGUUUAAAAAUUGUAAUUCAUAAAUAUUUUAUACGUAAAUCAUAGUAUUUGCUACAACAAUAUAAUUAAUUUUAAUGUUGGAAUUCUUCCAACAAAAAACUAAGUAAUAAUAAUGAAAAAAUUUGCCAAUCGUAUGUUCGAGUAACAAAUCAGAAAAUCGAAUUGAAUUUAUUUUGUAUUUCAUUUUUUCAGUAACAAUUAGCUGUUCAAUAUUUUGUUAUUACGUUUAGUUAAAUCGCAUAUAUAUUUAAUAUUUUGAAAUAGACAAACGGUAGGAAAAAAAAAAUUUACAAAAUGCGAGUGUAAUUUAUUUGUUGAAAUAUUGCUCAAGAACAACGAUAAGGCAGUAUUUUAUGCCUUAGAAACAAUGUCUUUCAGAUCACAAAAAUGUGAUAAAAUUGCAUAUUAAUUAUUAAUUCAUAAGAAAAUUGAAAUAUCUUGCCCUAAAAAACAAACCUCUUAUAUAUCAUACAUAUAAACGUACAUUAAAAUAAUUUCUACGCAUUUAUACGUAUAUAUAUAAUACAAAUAUCGAUCGGAUAAGAAAUUAAAGAAUAAGCACUUACAUGUAUUCAUUUUUUGAUAUAAAUAUAUUGAUCUCGGUUUCAUAAUCUACGUAUUAUAUCUAAUUACAGUAAAUAUAAACGUUCUUAAAUUUGUGAUUAUUGUAUAUUAUAUAUAAAUAUAUUAAUAAAUAAAAUAAGAUCAAA